CUGUCAAAAUUUAGCAUAAUUUGCGAAAAUAUGUCAAACGUUUUGGUGUUAAGUGAACUUAUUUUAUUAAAUUCACCGUAAAAUUUCGCUAUUUCACGCAUUUAUCGUACAUCAAACUAUGCGCUAAAAAUUUCCCCGUCCAAGUGAAGUGCGCUUUCCUGCCAACAAUCAUGUCACUCUUCCGGAAACCGAAAAAACCGAUCCAGCGACGCGUCUUCAGCAGCUAUGAUGACGAAGAGGAUUCUGCCUCCUGCGUCAGUGGCAAUUCUGCCCCCUCCGCUCAGCAGGAUAAUGGUACCCGAAUGGAGAUGGACUCAUCCACACCACCGCCGCCCCCUUCGAUUUCUCUGAAAUCAUCCGCUUCAUCCUCCCGGAAGGACAAGAAGCACUCGAAGGGUAGCACCUUGGGCUCCCAGCAGCAGCAGCCGGUUGGGACCAAGCUCGGCUCGAAAAUGUCUUUGCUAAGUUUCGAAGAUGAAGAGGAAGGCGAAGUGUUCCAGGUGAAGAAGACUUCCCAGAGCAAAAAAGUGAUGAAAAACUUGGACAAGGAGCGUCGCCGAAAACGCCACGCGGAGAAGAAUGGUUCCAAAGAGAGCUUCGGCGGAUAUUCGUCUUCCGCAUCAACGAAAUCUAGCAAAAAUGGCAAAGACUGUGGCGCUGCAGCAGCGGCUACUGAAGACUCUUCUCAUAAAGAUAAAUUUAAAAAGGAAAAGUGUGAAAAUCCUAGUUCUAAUAUCCAAACAGAAAUACGCACAGACGACUUUGUGCUCGUGGUCAAGAAAUCCGAUCCGGAUAAUGUGAUCCUGAAUGGGCGGGCGGCUCUGUGUGCCGGCCGAGAUGACAUGUCCUCUGAGGGUGAGGAGGACCCACCGGAUGAGGAUUCGGCCGGUGAAGGGCAUCACCAUCGGUUCGCGAAGCCUGAUAACUUCAAGAUGUAUCUGGAGAAUGGAGUGAUUCCGGAUGCGGCCAUGAUACAUGCCGCUAGAAAGCGCCGUCAGAAGGCCAGGGAACAGGGUGAUUUAAUACCAGUGGAAGAACCGAAAGAAGAUAAGAGCAAAAAACGUGUGGUACGUGAAGAUGGUGCUGGAGACGGAUCGGACGAAGAUGAUGACCGGAUCGACAUGGCAGCAAUUACUGGGGCAAAAGAACGCGAAGAACGCAGAGAGCAGUUUUAUUCGGUCCAACGUGAAGAUUCUGCGGAGGAAUCGGAUGUUGAGUCAAAAGAAUGGGAGAAUCAGCAAAUCCGUAAAGGCGUCACGGGAGCGCAGUUGGUAUCGGCCCAUCAGGAAUCUGUUAUAUCACAAUACAUGAUUCAAGGUUUCAGUCAUUCAUAUCAAACCGAAGAACAACCGCUUUCCACGGCAGCACUGCUGGAACAAGCGUACGCUCGUAGUUCCGGUCUGUCCAAGGCAAACACAAAAGCAGCUUCCGCUGGGUUGAUUUCACGAGUUGCUACCAGCGGCAAGCAAGAUCAGAAGUCGGGACCUCGAAUGCCACAGGAAAUUUUAAAGCAGGUCACCGAGCGACUUCAAACGACCAGAGAACUAAACUACAAACAUAUCGCCGAUAUCGAACGAAUAGUGCAAGAGGUUAAGGUCCUCAAGCUGGACCAUCUGCAAAGUGAACAGAAAGCCCCGGCUGCUGCGGCGAAAUAUCGAUUCUACCAGGAGGUGAAGUGCUAUGUUAACGAUUUGGUAGAAUGUUUGGACGAUAAAAUGCCCCAGAUUGUGGCAUUGGAGCAGCGCACGCUAAGCACAAUGGGAAAAUAUUCCAGCAUGCUGAUCGAACGGCGCCGGCAGGAUAUGCGGGACCAGGCCAAGGAGAUGGCCGAUGCAGGCAAAACCUUCAAGCGUCAGCACGACGACCCCGAUCGGGUGCGACGGGCCGCGGAACGUGAAGGACGUCGAACACGCCGAAGGAGAGAUCGCGAGAAGAACGAAACGGCCGAUUCCCACCUGGAUGGAAUGUCCAGCGACGAUGAGGUAGCGGACAUCGAAGUUCAGCAGUACCAGACAAACAUGAAGGACAUCGCCCUGGAAGCGUUUCACGUACUCGACGACGCUAGCGAAGAGUACAGCGAUAUCGGUUGCAUACUGGCAAAGUUCCAAAAUUGGCGUGAAACCGAAAUGGAUGCCUACAAAGAUGCAUACGUUAGUCUCUGCCUGCCGAAGAUCGUCGGACCGCUAAUUCGGCUGCGGCAUGUUCUGUGGAAUCCGGUUAGCGGUCAUGAUGACUUCGAUUUCGAGCGAGAAGAGUGGUACCGUAGCUGCGCCCUGUACGGACGCCAGCCAGGCGAAACGGAAACCAGUUUAGCCGAAGAUCCGGAUGUACGUUUAGUACCUACGCUUAUUGAAAAAAUUGUGCUUCCCAAGCUGACGGCAUUGAUAGAGCAAGUGUGGGAUCCACUGUCCACCACACAAACGUUGAAGCUCGUACGGUUGAUCAACCGUCUUAGUCGAGAUUAUCCUUCGCUGAGAAGAACCUGCAAACAACUGAGAAUGCUCUUUCAAGCAAUACUGGAUAAACUGAAACUGGCAGUUGAUAAUGACGUCUUCAUUCCGGUUUUCCCCAAACAGAUGCAAGAGGCCAAAUCGUCCUUCUUCCAGCGACAGUUCUGCAGCGGCUUGAAACUCCUGCGUAACAUCACCUGCUGGCAGGGUAUCAUUGCGGACGGUCCACUGACCGAGUUGGCAAUCGGUUCACUAUUAAACCGAUAUUUACUGAACGGGAUGCGCGUCUGCACUCCGGUGGAUGCCCUUAACAAAGCGUCUAUGAUCAUGUAUACCUUACCGCGGGUUUGGCUCACCACCGGAUCCGCCAUCGUCCAAAGCAUGAGCCAGUUUGUGGCGGUGCUGCGCCACGUUGAAGCCCAACUGGAUUCGUCGAUUGCCGGUCACGGGGAAAUAAUCAAAAAGGUCCAGGAUAUCUUAUCUAGCUUGCACGUCACUUAAAGAUGCGGGAGGAAGAUCACCGUUGUUCUACGAUUAGCUUAGAUUAGCCUUUUAAAAUGAUUAUUACCAAUCUCAGAUGAUAGAAUUCUCCAAAUUGGAUAAAAGUUAAACACAGACAGUCAAACGUUAAAAAGAGUAGCAGGUGUUGCUUUAGAUUCGGUUAAGGUAGAAAAGUUUCACCGUUGAUUUUACAAUGGUCACGGCUCCAGGUAAGUUUUUUUUUCUUAGUUUAUCUAUAAAAAACCAACGUACAACGGCAGCGUAUAUUCUACCUUACCGGAUGUAAAUCCUUCCCUGUUCUUAGAAAGUAAAAAGUCUGAUUCUACAUCACAGACACUCACCUAGUUAAUGCAAUAUGGUGAAACUUGACACCUAGAUAUUUCACUUUUCGAAAUCUGGCGAAAGGUGCAACUAAUUGUUAUGACGUUGAACGCGGACUGUUAGAAUCAAAAGGACCGAGAAUCGAACUGUUCGAGAUUUUCCAAAUCGUGAAUGUAAUUUAACUUAAAGUUUGGUUAUAUCCAUUAACAUCGCUUAUCGUGUAAUGA